UGUGGCAGGUCAGCGUAUUUCCAUCUCCGCCUUUGAUUCUGACUCAGACGUUGGGCUUUGUUUUGCUCCAAGCUGCAGGCUUGAGCUGCUCGCUCCUGCAUGACUCCAGAUAAAGCAAAUCCUUCCUCUCAAAACGACUUGUCUAUUAUUAAAAGCUUUUAAAUGGAGCAGCAUGCUGGCUGCCUACCAAGCCCAAUGCCGUGUUGCCAGGGAAACACAUCCCCACGGUCUGGGCUCGCUCUCUCUUUGUGUCUAAUUCUAUUCCUCCCCAGAGGCUCAUAUUUCAGAGAGUCAGCAACGGCGCUCGCUUGCUCACACUGCUGCCUUUCAACUAAAAGCUUUUUGUGCUGCCAUUGGAGCAGAAUGGAGGGCAGGAGGGAGUGGUUAGAGGAGAGGGGAGGGAGAAGAAAGGGUCUCUCUCUCUCUCCGUUGCCGAGGCAACUUGAUGUCACGAUGACAUCACGCAGCAUUAAAAGCUUUUAACCGGAUUCCUCUCCUGCCUUAGGUCCCAUUUUGAGUUCUCUUUCAGCGUGGCUAAGGGGGGGGGAAGGGCACGGGCAGGCAGGAAGGCAGGCAGGCAGGGAUCUGGUCAGGACUUUGCUCGCAUGUCUCCCUCCCUCAGAGCGCCACAACGGCUCUUAGCGCUGUAAAAAGGCUUUUAAAGCAACCUCUACAGAUCCUGCAAACACAGCACGGGCCAGAGGGAGGCAGAGCCUCAAAAGCAUGGCAGCAGAUGAUGGUUUCAGCUACCUGAUACCAGGUCAUAGUGAGAAACACAGACGGGCCCCAAACUGGACCGACGCCGAAAUGAAAGCGCUCAUGUAUGUUUGGGAGGAAUACCACAACGAUCUCAAACUGAGCAAGAGGAACGCCAAGGUGUACGAGAAGAUGUCCCAGAGGUUCUUCCAGCUGACCGGAGAGCAGAGGUUCAAGGAAGAGAUCAAAAUGAAAAUCACCAACAUGUCUUUCCAGUACAGGCGACUCAAAGCCACAGCCGGCGAAUCUGGCGAGACGCCGGACUGGCCCUUCUACAAGCCCAUCGAGAAGAUUCUCUCCAAGCCUCCAACCAUGGAGACCUCUCUGGAAUUUCAGGUCUCCACCGCAGGUCCUUCCACUUCCUGUCAGUCCACAGACAAUCUGUUCUCCCAGCCAGAAGAAGGCGCGGUUGGUUUCCUGCCAGAGUACACGGGCUCCUCAGAUGAAAUGGAGAUAAAGCAAGAGAUGGACUCCUUAAACUCUGACAGUGAGCACACGCAGGGCUCCAGCUCCCAUCCCAUGUCAUCCAGGAGGCAUGCAACCAAGCGGCUGUCCCUAAAGAAAAAGAAGGUGCAGGUCAUGCAGGCCAUGUUGCAGCAGCAGAGGAGGUCCUGCCGGGCCAUAGAGGAGACGUGCAGGGAGGUCCGUCGUGCCAUCCACCAACAGAACCUCCUCCAGGUCCAGUGUCUGCAGCUGCAGGAGCGCAUGAUGAACCUCCUCGAGAAGAUGAUUCAGCCUUUGCCUGCCAGCUCUCCUGCAUGUGGUCAUAAUGGAGCGAAAGAUUCUGGAAAACCUUGAGGUGUUAGGAUUUAUAGAAUGAGAUGUAAGGAAUUAGUUCAAUAAUGGAAGAGCUUUUUUUUUUAAUUACUUUUUUGCAAUAGUUAAGAUUCAAUCCAUUUAGUAUAGAUAUGCAUUGAAAUAGGCUUUUUACAGUUUUAGAGGAUGCUAGUAGAUUACUAGAGAAUCGUUAGUUCAAUCUCUGUAAAUAAGCGUGUUGAUAUUCCAACUUCUAAAAGUCAGAUACUGUAGACAGAGCAGCAGAUCUUGUCUAAGCGUUCUUCAUCGUGCAUGGAUAAUCACGUUAGGGAGGCAAAGUGCCAAAACAACCAAUUUUCUACAUAAUAAACUAGGAAUUUAGGCAGCAAUUCCGCUGUCACUGAACUCAAUGGUAAGAAUGAGUCAAAAGAGAGCCCGAAGCUUGUGAUCACCAGAGAAAAUGCUAUUUUCAAGUUUUUUUUUCCUUGUACAGCCUUAUUUAUAUCUAUUAAAAAUUGUUAUACAAAAACU